AUGGGCGUUGGAAAAACGUGAGACGUUUCUCUUUAUUAUUACUCACAAUCAGGGAUUAAGAUGUGUCGUACAGCGGUUUCGGAAUGGUACUUUUGUCGACCGUCAAGGGACCACGAUCGGCGUUGAUUUCACAAUGAAAACUUUGGUAGUCGGUCAGUGAUUUUUGUUUUAAAAUGGUUUUUCUAGGAAGAAAGUUGGCGGAGUGUUCGAAUACUUUUUCAUUUGCCAUGAAUUGCCUUUAAAUUCCAAACCAACAACUAAAUAGUUAGAGGAAUUUUGUUCGAAGUUUAUAUCUCAAAGUUGAACGCUUCACAUUAUAUAGUAAUCCGUCAGUUAAAAAUGUUCCGUUUUUAAGUUUCAAGCAAUUUUUGAUUCAGACGGCAAACGGGUAAAGUUGCAAAUUUGGGACACCGGAGGCCAAGAGCGUUUCCGAACAAUCACGCAGUCCUAUUAUCGUUCGGCCAACGGUAUCGUCCUCUGCUACGACAUCACCUGCAAACAGUCGUUUGGCAGUCUUCAGAGGUUUUUCACUUGAUUUUUGAAAUCAGCAAUUGGUAUUUCAAGAUGGAUCGACGACGUUUCCAAAUUCGCAGCGCCUAAUGUUGUGAAGCUUUUGAUAGGUGAGGCCUCUUAACUGAUUUAUCAGAUUGAAAAUUUUCUAAACUUUUCUAUAUAUAUUUUGAGAUGAACAUUCAUUAUUCUAAUAUGAACAUCCAGGUACGAAGUGUGAUCUUCAAGAACAAAGAGCUGUUGAACCGGAUGAAGCCGAGCUUUUGCAGAGAGCGAAUGGUCCGUUUUUCAUUAUCGAAAAAAAAAAUUUCAUGUAAAAUUGAUUUCAGGCAUGUUUGCGGUUCUUGAAACCAGUGCCAAAGGCAACGUGAACGUCGACAGCGCUUUCCUUGAGUUGGCCACAAUCCUGAAACGACAGUACGACCAGGGACUUCAGUUCGAUCAAAGGUAUCCGAUUUCGAUGAACCAUUUUCGCUUUCAAAAGGGAUGAAAUCAUAAAUGAAGUUGUUUUUCAGUUCGGGUGGGACGUUCCAACUCGGCGCCGGCGGUUCCACUGCGAUCGGCAGUCCCUGGCAGCGUUGUUGCAAUUUGUGA